CGGCGGUAUUGUGUGCGUGCGUCUCGUAUGGAACUUUGUGUGGUGCUUUAUAACGACUUUAUUAAUGGUCUUUUAUUCUUGAGGUAUGAAGGAACCAUAUUUUGUGACGGAUCACAGAGUCUUUGAGCAACUUUGACAAUGUUAGUUCCUGCCAAAGUUGGAAAAAAGUUGGAAAAAAAAACACAUCGAAACUAUAUCUUCAAGUUAUUCCUUCUGAAGCCAUAUCUUUGAACUAAACACGAUAACACACGGUUCGGAACUUAUGUCAUACCAUGCACUAACUUUCUCGAUACACAAUCGUUAACCAUCAUUAUCCGUCGUUAUGAGCGGACCACCACGCAUGCCCGUUCCCUGGGCAGUGGGCACGUGGGCAUUCACUGUCAUGUUAGCGUGUAUGGUGACUGCUCUCCUCGAAGAUGACACGAGCAAUAAGGACCAUAUCGUGCCGUCGUACACUUCUGUAGAUGAUAGUGAAGACUUGCUUGCUUUUCACAAACGCGCUUCGCAGGUUGCUGCCAACUCCCGCUAUUAUGGGCCAACCUUCGAUGACCAGAAGCAAGAGAAGGAAGCGCCCGCCAAGCCUUUCUUUGAGGAAGCGACGUUGGCCAGGCAAGGGGACGAAGUCAAUCCAGAUUCGCUUCAUACGGACGGCAUGACAGAUGCGCAGCGGCAGAUGGUCCAGUUGCUUCAGGAACGGGACUGGAAGGUCGUGGUGCGCGAUCCCGGCUUCAGGGAGCUGCUGAAAAAAGAGAUGGUUCGCUCGGGCGUCCUUCACGACCAUGAGUCCAUCAUCCAAGCAGCUACGGAUGCCGCGAAGAGGGUCGAGGAAUCCACGGAAGGCGACGGCGACGAUGAGGAGCUCCUGAGGCAGAUCGCGGACGAGGCGGAGGUGCGAGGUCUGGAUUCCGGGAAGGUCGCCGGGCUGGAGCGCGAGCUGAGGGACGCCCUCCGCCGCGAGCCGCGUCAGAACAGCAUCUACGACGUCCUGGAUGGCGUUUGGAAUUACAAUAGUCCGAAGUCGACGAGGGACAGGACACGGAAUCGUUACGAAGGAUAUAACUCCGGCUCCCCCUUCGCCGUCAUGCCCUUGAACGACAUGAUGGGCAUCUUCCAGGCUCUGAACCGAGAAUACGGCGCAGCCUCCAGCAGCUACGCCUCGCCCCCUAGUUCGAGCUACGCCUCGCCCCCUAGUUCGAGCUACGGCGCGCCGCCCAAGUCUUCGGGCUACGAGAAGCCUCCGAAGUACGUGCACUUGCCGCCGAUCAAGGGCCCCACCUACUACCCUCCGAUCGAGGUCUGUCCCUCGGGCCACAGCGGCGUGUUCGCCUUCUUCGCUUUCAUCACCCUGACGCUGACCCUGAUGAUCGACUUCACGCUCUCGGUCAUGGUGGACAUCAACGCAACUGGCAUCGGCGGCAUCGGUGGUUCGACAGUCGUCAACAACAACAAUAACAAUAACAACAAUAAUAACAAUAACAAUAAUAACAACAAUAAUAAUAACAAUAACAAUAACAACGGCCGAUCUUUUAAUAUGUUCCCAAAUGACUUCGGUGGUCUGGACAUCGACUGGUCUCUGGUCUCUGACUUGGACCUCAUCGACCAAGACGUCCUCAGGGAUAUUCGGAAGGAGAGAGAUGUGUCCGAUUCCUUCCCCGAAACACCGACGACGGAUAACGACUCGAACAGACCCAGAAUCAUCUUCGAUCGCUGGAAGAAACUCCUUCCGCUCGGAUCGAUGUUCGUCUUCCCAAAGGCCAAGGGCGAAGUGGCCACGACUGCUUCGGAAAUCGAGAGGUUCGGGUUCCUGAAGCAGUACCCCACUUACGGGUCAGAGAAUCCCCAGGCGGAGGACGCCACGUCUCAACUCCUUGAAGUGGGACAGGGAGUUUUCCACAGUUCGGCAUCUCUCUUGCGCGCCAGUGAUUUUGAAAACUUGCAGAAAGGGCAUAUGGAAAAAGAGUUCAGAUUACAGAACACUUUGAAUACCAGCUUAUAUAGUACUACGAGUCUUUAUCAACACCUGAACUCUUCCUACCUCUACUUCCAUCCGGAUUACGGCCCAAAGACCUCCAUUCACGCGACGCCUACCGUUGUCUCCACAUUAACGGCAGCAGUUCCUUUAUCAUCUGCUGUGAAAUUGCCAAAUCAAAUAGAACAUGAAAAGGGACACGAAGGUAUUAUCAAACAAGAGAAAACAAAACCACCGCCAUCGGAAAAUGAAGAUAAAGACACCAGCGAGAAAGAAGGUAAACGAGACAAGAAACCUUCCCAUCCUCCGAUGACGAGACGGCAAAGGCGCGCUCAUCAGCGGCGGGCUCGGAGGUUGUCCAGCACGAGGCCCGAAGACGUGCCUAACCUCCAUUACCAGUCCGUCAUCCUACCGGGGAACAAGAUCAAUCUCCGCGAGUGGUGCCUAGGAGGUCGAGAGUGCCACGAGGCAGCAGUGAGGGCCAUGUUCAGCGUGACCCGAGGGUAUAUGUUGGCCCUGGCUGAGACGCAGCGAUAUUGUGUCCUUUGGUUCAUCUGCGACGCCUCCGCAAAGGCUAUUGCAGAGGGCGCUGUAGGGGCGAUGGCCGCUACUCUCGCUAGCGGCGUAACCAGCCUAUACCCGACUGUCGUGUCUGGAGCGGGCCUUAGAGAAGUUAUUACGGCCAGAAAUGUAGGCCUACGUACUGCCGAUUGCUCCAGGUUCCUCGUUCAGGAAUGUCGCCUGGCCAACCGGGGAAAAGCGGAUUAAUUAACACAUCGGUGCCGAAAAAGCCGCAUGGAUUAGAUUGGAUAAUUUCUCAAAGCAGAAUGUUGCUGGCGAUGUUACAGCUACGUCAGAAGUGCUUGACUUUGAUAAAGAUGAAAUGCCGAGGCGUUAGGUACACCCUUUUCUUCGUGGAGUUAGUCACUGUCCAUCGCAUCUGCAUUGGACGCGAUGGACGCCAAUCACCUCAAGUUCCUCGUCGCCAGAAGAGGCAGUGAUCGAAAGAAAGAUGUCCAAGUUAUGUGUUCUGUGAUGGCGGAAGAACUUAUCCUUUUCCUACGUGUGAUGUAGUUAGAAUAUACCUUUAUGGGAAGUUAUUAUUCGUACGACUAUGUUAUUGUUUAUAUGAGCUGCUAAAGGCAUUUGUUAAAUACAAA